AUGCUUCUGGAGGCCCUGCACCUGGCGGGCGUCGCAUACCGGGACCUGAAGCCCGCAGAGAACGUGAUGCUGGACUCGCAAGGCUACGUCAAGCUUGUCGACUUCGGGCUGGCGAAGGAUAUGCGGGACCAGAGCAAGACGUUCACCAUCGUUGGGACCGUGUAUUACAUGGCGCCCGAAAUCUUUGUCGGCCGAGGUUAUGGCCUCGAGAUUGAUUUCUGGUCGCUGGGCAUCAUGGUCUAUGAGAUGGUCUGUGGGCGGCUACCCUUUGGGAACGAGUCGGCUGAGGAGGAUGACAUCAUUGCAGCGGUAUUGGAGGAAACGCUGGCUUUCCCGCCAAAGUACAAUGACAAUGCCGGGAAGAACUUGAUGGAGCGCCUCCUUUGCAAGGAUCCGGCGGAGCGAAUGGGCUCGCACGAUAGCUGGCAGGAGGUGAAGGAGCACAAGUUCUUCAAGAUGACCGGCAGCAAAGGUGACCUUUUCACCCAGAUCUUGGGCCGCGAGAUGAACCCACCGCUGAUGCCCGAAGGGGAGGAGUACUCCAAGGAAGCGUACCUGUCGCCUGGCCGAAGUCGUCGCGACAUCGAGGAGUUUGCCGACGAAGAGAAGCUGAAGCUCCAAGAGCACGCCAAGGCAGUCUGGAAGAAGCUGGAUCCGAACGGACAAGGCGUGGUCCAGACAGAGGAGCUGGUGCUUCUCCUCGCCCAGACAGACUGCGACCUCAACAGGAAUCAAAUCGAUGCCCUGGUGGAGGCAGUCGACACGAAGGCUGAUGGCAUCACUUUCAAGACCUUCUGCGCCUUCCUGGAGCAAAGCGACCUCGAUGCGCACGCGGUGCUGCGCGCGCUCGAGGGCUGA